UAGCUAGUAAUGUUGUGAAACCGUGAGGAUAAGAAAGGGACGAUCAAUAUAUAAUUGAUAGUCGUUGAAUGGUUCACAUCAAUUGUUACUGUCUGCUGCAGAUGUUGAUACCUUGUACUGUUUAUGUACAAUAGAGACAUGGUGAUGCUUGGCUGGACAGUUUAUAACAGGACCAUUUAGUCCUGUAUUGACAAUGGAAGCUAGUCUGUGCCCAAACAGCUUACUGGAGUCUCAAGGGCCCCAGACCAGUGAAACUCCUACCCCAGGGGAUGACCGUUUCAUGGAUCAAGAGCGUCCUAGUAACCUACUUAAGGGUUUCUCUCGUCUGUAUAAAAACAAGGAGUUCGUGGACGUUACUUUGAUUGUAGAUGGGCGUGAGUUUCCUUGUCACAAGAAUGUACUCGCUGUAUCCAGUCCAUUCUUUAUGGCCAUGUUCUCGACUGAUAUGGCAGAGAGUCAACAGGAUAAGGUCACUCUGAAGGAACUGGAGGCACUCACGAUGGAAUUAGUGCUGGACUAUGUAUACACAGGUUCUGUGAUGCUGUCUGAAGACACAGUACAGCACCUUCUCUCUGCUAGUAAUCGUUUCCAACUCCUCAGUCUCAGGAGUGGAUGUGCUGAGUUCAUGAUGAAUCACAUCACAGUUAGCAACUGCAUUGGUGUUUAUUUCUUUGCAAAGGCCCAUGAGUGUCAGGUUCUAGCGAAUAAGGCCAAAGAAAUAAUCAAUAACCAGUUCAAUAAUCUAUGUCGUCAACAAGAAUUCCUCAGUCUUCCUGCUGACAAACUUGUGGAGAUUAUCAGUGAUGAUGACAUCAAUGUGACAGCUGAAGAAACUGUGUUUGAGGCCUGUAUGGAUUGGCUAAAUACAGACACAGUUGGACGACAGCAACAUUUGACAGCUAUCAUGGACUGUGUAAGAUUCGCCAAUAUAAGUUCCUAUUAUUUCUGUGACAGAAUUGAUAAUAGUCCUAUACUUCGGGAAUGUGCAUCUCUGAGAAAGACUCUAGAGACCGUCAGGUACUACCACAUGCUGCGGAACAGACAACAGGAGAUGGAUUUAAACCUGAUGCCGCGUAAAGGCAUGAUGUAUGAACGAGGAGUCAUGAUCAUUGCCAAUCCUUACACAGAGGAUCAGUUGAAAAAGUACAACAGUAUGGAAAUGUUACUACCUAAACUUGGAGAAGUGAUCCACAUCUGUAAACUACCUCAGAGUCUAUAUACUCCAGGUUGUGCCAUCACAGGAGACAAUCAGAUAUACUUGGCUGGAGGGGCAAUCCGUAAGAUCAAUUACAGAGGGUCCAUUACCACUGAGGGAGUAUCAAACAAUUUCUAUAUCUAUGACCAGGUCGAUCGGUCAUGGCAAACCAAGGCUAAAAUGCAUAUGUCACGAUCACAGUUUGGACUUACUAUUGUGGACGGGUAUGCCUAUGCCAUAGGUGGACAGGAUGGGUCAGAAAUACUGACCACUGUUGAGCGGUAUGAUCCUCACACCAAUGCCUGGACACUCAUCAACCCACUCAACAAGGCGCUGAGGUUCAUGACUUCUAUCUCAUACAAGGGAAAAUUGUAUGUUUUUGGAGGGGAGACAACCAACAGCAUCAGUAGCUCUGCCUUCAAGUAUGAUCCAACAGAGGACAGCUGGUUAGAGUUACCACCCAUGUCCACGCCUCGAGUGCUUGCAGGCAGCGUUAUUCACAAGGACAAAAUCUAUGUUAUAGGUGGUAACUCAGCUCUCAGUGACAAGUGGAAAAAGGAGUUUUUACCAGAGCAUUGUGUUAGUUCUGUUGAGGUGUUUGACCCUGACACAAACACAUGGUCCCUGGGACCAGAGCUUCCUAAUGCUAUGUGUGGUGCAGGAAUUGUGAAGUAUGGUAACACUAUUCUGAUUGUGGGUGGAGAGGAUGAUAAGAGUUGGAUGGCUGGUCUCUGCUGGCUGAAGGAAGACCAAGAUAAACAGAUGUGGGUUGAGGGACAAGAACUUCCCACGGUGAUGAGUACAUUUGGCUGUGUUGUGGCCAAUAUACAGGACGACGUAGCUAAACGCUGAACAAUUCCAAAUGUUAAUUACUGUCGAGACUAUUUAACAACCUUGUCACCUGAUAAAAAUUUCGUGAUAUUGUGAUUUGUAAACAUGGUGAACCAACCUUCUUUCUCUGCUUCUGACUUUUGCAAUAUCUGCAUUGCAACUUGUAGUUGUUAUAUCUUCAAUGAAACUAUACUCACACUGCAAAUUUCUAGCCUUUUUAAAAUGUGCUUUAGGCAUUCACCUGUAAACUUUUGCAGUUUAUUUUUAUAUAUAAUUCUUUGUGUAAGUGUUCCUUUAGGAAUGGGGAUUAAUAUAACUUACAUAUAGACAAUCAAUGUUAUAGAGGGUAUCAUCUGAAGGUUUAGAGAAUGAUUAAGGAAAUAUGUGUUUAUUACCACUGUCAGGUGAGUCAUUUGUAAUUUAUGAUUAAAAUGGGAUCAGAAUCGACUACGUCUGUGGUAAAUAGUCAUUGCACAUUUUAAUACAAAGUAGCUAUGAAUUUUUUAUCAUUUUGAUGUGCUGCAAUUUCCAUUUUCUAAUUUGUUUUGAUAAUGAAACUUGCAAAAGUUAAUUGCACAUGAAUGAAUGUUGGUUUACUGUAUAUCUGGAUAUUUGACUGCAAGAACCUUUUACGGUUAUAAGUAUGUGCUGAUGAUAUAGUACAAGCUGAUGUAAAUGAAAGAUAAUUAAAUGUUUACAACGCAGAGCUGUGAAGGACACUUUGAUAUGUUGUAGUCUAACAGCUGAGCUCAUCGGUCAGUCCAUGUAACAGGAGUCUAAGUUUUAACAUCACAUUUAGCUGGUCCAAUAUGGAGAAGUGUCCAAGUAUUAUCAGCACAUUUGACCGGUCCAAUAUGGAGAGGUGUCCAAGAACUAUCGGCAUAUUUGGCCAGUCCAAUAUGGAACUGGUUUCCAAGUAUUAUCAGCACAUUUGAGCAGUCCAAUAUGUAACUGGUGUCCAAGAACUAUCGGCAUAUUUGGCCAGUCCAAUAUGGAAUUGGUGUCCGAGAACUAUCGGCAUAUUUGGUAACAUACUUGUUAUCCAAGGGGUUUCACUCACUUUCACUCUCUGUACCCCUGGAAUGUGUCAUGGCAAAAUUAAAGGUUACAUGUGUGACACCUUGUAGACAAGACAAAGAGACUAGUUUGAUCCUUUGAUGGACAUCACACAAAUCCCAAAGAUGCCUAACUGUAUAUAGUAAUGGCUUUGUAGUUGGGUGUUGCUCCUUUGUAAUCUUCAAAAAGGAGUGUAGUAGCCUGUGAUAAUUAGUAAUUUUUUCUCUUGGAACCAAUACAAUCACUUCACUUUUGCCUUCAGUUUGACGUGUUGAAGGGGUGUAGAAAGAGAAAGUGAUUGUUACCCCUGGAGUAUGGUCAUAUGGUCAUGUAGUGUUGCUGGUUGCACGAUCAUAUAGCACAGUUAUCUCCACUUUGAUCAGCUCUUCUGCCUGAUUUUAACACCAGUAGCUAGACCUUGACUGGUGGGUCAGGAUUUAAGUAUUGUGAUAAGCUAGGCCGGUUGUGUAGUUGCCUGCACAGAAUAAUGUGGCAAGAAUAUCAACAUUUUUUACAAAGACCUCUUUGUUUACAU